ACACAGCCUGUCCCCGACAACUGCCUGAUCUCCUGCUUCCUGCCCUCGUUCUUUCUCCUUUUUUCUUUAAUUCCCUUUUUUAUUUUUCGCACGACUACCUUUUCUUCCUCCAUUUUUCCACACCUGGCAGCCGCUUUUUUUUCCCGCUCCUAUCUUCUAUAUAAUGCGUUCUCCCUCCUUAAAUGACUCGCGACGCGCGUUUAGCUCCGAGAUUGUUUUUUUUCCUUCCCUCCCCAGCAGCAUCCCCUCUCCGCCCGUUUGUUCGCGUGUGUUUUUGUUUAGUUUUUUUUUUUUAAUUUUCUGGUGAACGCAGACUGAUUUAUUAACCGUAUAAAUGCACUUGCUGUCGGGGGAGUCCUCUGCUUUCGAAAUCCGAGAGGUGUGUGUGCUCCGGGUGCAGCCUGGCCGGCGUGGGGGGGGUGGCCAUGAAGAACCCGGGGGCAGCGGAGGCCCGGCGGCUGGCCGGCCUGCUGGAGGCCGCCCUGCUCCGGGAGGCUCGCCUCUGGAAGGUGCCCGUCUUCAAGAACGGGUGCAUUCAGGGCGCUGACAUCUCCUCAUCUCAACACCAGCAAAUGAUCCUGUGGCUGGGAGAAAUGAGCAGGCUCUUUCAGUUCUGUCCAGAGACCUUCGCCCUGGCAGUGUGCGUCCUAAACCGCCUGCUGUCCACCGUUAAGGCUCAGCCAAAAUAUCUGAAAUGCAUUGCUUUUACCUCACUGGUCCUGGCCGCCAAAAUCAACGAAGAAGACGAGGUUAUUGGAUCGGUUAAAGACCUGGUUGUGCAGAGUGGAUGCAGCUUUUCGACGGCGGAGAUUCUUCGCAUGGAGAGGAUCAUUCUGGACAAGCUGCACUGGGACCUGUACGCAGCCACGCCCGUCGACUUCGUUCACAUCUUCCACGCCCUGCUGGCCUGCAGCCACCCGCACCUCGUCCCCUCCCGGGGCCCCGGGGCGCGGCGGGGGGGGGAGGGGGCCGGUCAGAAGAGGCCCCCGGGCUUCCAGGCGGCGCUGUGGAGCAGGCAGGUGCAGCACUGCAUGGCCUGCCACCAGCUCUGGCAGUUCAGGGGCUCCACGCUGGCCUUGGCCAUCAUCACCUUGGAGCUGGAGGCGCUCACGCCCGACUGGUUCUCGGCGCUCACCGACCUGUUGAAGAGAGCACAGGUGGACAGCGUUGAGUUCAUCCACUGCAAAGAGGCGGUGGACGAGUACCUCCAGAGCCUGGAGUUCUCGCUGCCGGCCAACGCCGUCUACAUCUUCGACAGCGCCCAGGUCCAGGAGCUGCAGCCCCUGGCCGGCCGCCGCCGCCGCCCGCAGGUGGACGGGGACGUGGACGUGGACGUGGACGAGUACUGCGACGGCUUCGGGCGCCUCUACAGCGAGGAGGCGGAGCCUGAGGGGGAGGCCGGCGGCGGCCCGUCGGAGCCCCAGCAGAGCGGCGUGUCCCCCUGCCCGCCGCUGCACCCCGCCGGACACUAG